UCCAGUGACUUUGGAUUGCGAUGUGUCGCCGAUGAAUGCUCGCGCUCGUGGCGGCGCGAUGGCAUUCACAUCCCUGGCGCUGCCCACACUCGUCUGGAUCCUCGUCGCCUGGCUCGUCGCGCUCCACUUCUUCACAGGUUGGAUCUCCUCGCCCUCUGCCGCCACUGCGCGGAGCAAUCGCCGUAAGGAUAGGGAUAAUCCGGUCGCCAGGCUGAGCGAUCUCCUCCGCUACUCGGAGCUGGAAGAGAUUGAGGAAAUUCCGGUGUUCUCGGUCAGGAGCAGCAGUGGCAAGAAGCACAAGAAAUCUUCCAAAUCCGCCAAAUCGGCCAUUUCCGACGAUCCUUUGAGCGAGCUGUCGCCGGACAGGCGCCUGUUCUACUUCCCGGAUCGAAAUCUGGCCGCCGUGGAUCCGAGCAGCAGCAGCGAGGAGGAAAGGGAUAUUUUCUUUCCAGGGAGAGAGUGGAGGGAUGUGGAUGGAUUGCCGAUACAAGCACACGGGGGUGGGAUUCUCUACAUUCCCGAGACGAGGACAUUCUAUUGGUAUGGAGAGAACAAGCAAGGACCGACUUAUCGCCUCCACAAAAAAUCCAGCGCUCGGGUGGAUCUGAUAGGCAUCAGCUGCUACUCCUCGCAAGACCUGUGGCGCUGGAAGAACGAGGGCCUGGUUCUCAAAGCCGACACCACCAACACCAGCAGCGAUCUCCACACCAGCAACGUCGCCGAGCGUCCCAAAGUCAUCUUCAACGAUCACACCCGGCAGUUCGUCAUGUACUUGCACAUCGACAACGCAAACUAUUCCAAGGCCAGCGUCGGGAUCGCGACGAGCUCGUCUCCCCUCGGCCCCUUCACGUACCUGGGCAGCACGAAACCACACGGCUUCGAUAGCAGGGACAUGACCAUCUUCAAGGACGAGGACGAUGGCUCCGCCUUCCUCGUCUACUCGUCGCAAUCCAACAGCGAGCUCCACAUCUCCCAGCUCACUCCCGACUACCUGGGCCUCUCUCCAGCAGUCUCGCGCGCGCUCGUCAACCAGCACAGGGAAGCUCCGGCCGUCUUCAAGCACGGCAACUUCUUCUACAUGAUCACGUCGGGGUGCACGGGGUGGUGGCCGAAUCAAGCGCUGCUCCACGCGGCCGAAUCGAUGCUGGGGCCGUGGGAGACUCUGGGCGAUCCGUGCGUGGGUGCCUCGGACGAGUUUCGGCUCACCACCUUCUUCUCCCAGGUCGCGUUUGUUCUUCCGCUGCCGGGGCUGCGAGAUCUAUUCGUGUUCGUCGCCGAUCGCUGGAACCCGGGGAAUCUGAGUGACUCGAGAUACGUGUGGCUUCCACUCACGAUCGAUGGGCGUCUCGACGGCCCCCCGGAAGACGAUAGCUUCGAGUUCCCAAUGUGGUCUCGUGUGUCUGUGCGGUGGCACAGGAAAUGGAAGCUCCCGGAACAUUGGAAGAACGCGAGCCUUGACGACGACGAAGGUGAAAUUUCCUUGUAAAUACUUUUUGUUAUAUUUUAAUCGAUAGAAAUUAGGGUUUUUCA